CGAAGAGAGGCCGGCUCCACACGACCCAUAACUCACCUUGAUUACAGGUUUUAUGGCUCUGCGUUCUUAAGGGCAAAUCAACUCGCUGGGGGAGCAGUGGACCUUAAACUUUACCAAUCACUGUUGUAUCUGUGUGCUGAUCUUUGGGAGCAGCUAAUACGCUGGUGAAAGUACCUGGCCUGCCGUGGGGUGUUUCAAGAAGUGCCCUUUUUACUUUCUAGUUUGCCUGGAUUUCACGUGAAUACCUGGACAACCCCGCUGCUUCCCAGCUAGCAUUGUUUCAGACUUUCAAUGGACCGAAGCCUCUCUUCCCUGCCCCCGCCUAGAAGAAAAGCGAUGUUGAAAAAGAAUAUGGCCUCGAGAAGAACGCCACAGCAGGAGGCAGGGUCUUCCACAGAGCAGACCUACGUCUACAAGGUGGUUCUGCUGGGGACCACAGCUGUGGGAAAGUCAAGCCUCGCCUUCCGCUAUGUGAAAAAUGAUUUCCGGGAAUCCAUGCCCACGGUGGGAUGUUCUUUCUUCACCCAGCUGGUCUGCUUAGAGACCACCACAAUGAAGCUCGAGAUUUGGGACACUGCUGGCCAGGAGAAGUACCAGAGCGUUUGCCAUCUUUAUUACAGGGGGGCGAAUGCUGCCCUUCUCGUAUACGACAUUACCCAAAAGGCAACUUUCGCAAGAGCAAAGCUGUGGCUGAGGGAAUUGGAGAGGGAAUUUCUUCACGACGAGAUUGUGAUCGUUUUAGUCGGCAAUAAGACGGACCUUGCUGCUCAGCGGGAAGUGCCUUUGGAGGAGGCUGAGGAAUUUGCAAAGAGCAAAAGCUUAAUUUUCAUGGAGACGUCAGCGAAAUCCAACCACCGCGUGACCGAGGUCUUUAUGGCUGUAGCUUGCGAGUUAUUGAAACGGGAACGACAGAAGGAACCAACACAUCAGCCUCAGCCCUGGAAGAAGUCAUGUGUGGAUCUGCAAGAGCCAAGCAAUCCAGCCAAGAGGUGCUGCAGGAGCUAAGAGAAGUGGCAGCCGGACCUACAUUUGCUGUUCAGUGGGUUUUUAUUUUGGGGGAGGGACAGAAAGGUGGGCCUAUGCACUGAGCUGAGCAGCUUGAGUGUUGAACUGUGAGUAUUGCUUUUUUAAAAAUAGUCAGUGCUCGACUGAAGAGCUGUAUGAGAGGAGAGAUUACUGAGUGCCAGGGACCGGAAAAGCAAGUCUCCUCUGUCCUGUGUUUGCUCAGUAUCACUAGGAAAGAAUGUGUUGUAACAUGUCUUCACGAAUGAAACCAGCAAACAGGUGUCAUCUCUCGGCCCUCCAUCCCACCUUGCAAAUUCCAUUAAAAACCCCGUAGAGGCUCGUAAAGCUACAGUCCCCCAGUCGCGUCACACAAGAUGUGUCCCGAAUAUGCGACGCGUGCGGUAGGCCCUCAAGAUUUUGUCACAAGUCUCGUGACUUUGGGGGCCUUUCUUAACGCCCCCGCUGAUGGAAUCAAGUGAUCGCUUAAGAACCUUUAAAACAAAACAGAAACUAACACUCGCUGGCUGUUGUGGCAGUGGAGAAGAUGGAGAACGCGAAGCAAGCACCCCCCGAAGGCCCAGGUCGCACAGGAGGAGACCCUACGUGUUAUUUAACGUCUCAUGAAUUUGGGACAGCGUUUAAUGGUCACCGGGGCCGAGUCUAGUAACUCAGCUCGCUGGGCAAGAGGGGGACUGUGGUUAUCCACUGACAUAAGGCAGCGCUCUUCCACUGCGCGGCUGCAUCUUGCGGCUGGUGUCUAAGUAUCUUGACAUUGCAAAGGUGUCAGCGGCAUGCGCGUGUCUCUUCUAGCCAGAUAGUCGGGAAACCUGUCCCGCUCAUGUCCCUGCACCAAGAUGUACAAAUUCAGAGCCCGCCACUGGCAUGCACAGUCCCCCAUGCGCCGAGAUGCUGCUGCGGGGGCCGCCUGGCCAUUAGCACUGAAAAGAGCUGAAGCCAAGUGCUCUUAGCACCACGUGGAAGAAGGAGACUCUCCGGUGUCCCCUGUAUUGGGGCCACGGCAACCACUCGCUCUGGGCAGGCUUGUGUCCUUGGUCACUUCAUUUGAACAGCACAGCCAAAGAUGUCAGGCGCUCCCAGCUCCAGGGGUGGUAUUUCCCCGCAGGAGCCCGAGUGCAUCGGUUCUGGGGCUGGGCAGGCUGCUCUCGUCCCUAUAUGCUUGGCUGACCUCUUCGCCCCCUCCCCCUACAGCGGGUGUUGUGGUGAAGGCACAUUUACGGGGCAGUUCACACCACUCAGGGGCCUUGUUUCUGGCCAUCUGCUGGCUCAGGCCCGGCCUACACUAUGGCCUUAGCCCCUGGCGUAGCGCUGUGCCCAGGCACAGACCUGGAUGUUCACUGGGACAGCUUGUUUCCCUGCGGGGGUAUGUGCAUGUGGGGGAGAAGCUGGACGAAUCCACAUGGGCAUCCAAGGGCAGGCCGGACCCACCACGGCCACCCACAGUGUGACCCCAGAUUAACCAUUUUCUGGAGCCGAGCGGGUCAGAAGUGGGGGCCCAGGAGCUGAACCCUGGGCCUAGGUGUCUGUGCCUGGCUCGGGGAAGGGGAGCAGCCCUCUCCAGCACAGUGCUGUCACAAGCUCACAAGCCUCCCAGGCGGCUCAGGAGCAGAGGGGACAUAAAGGCCCCUCAGGGGACCGGCCGGCCGCUAGCAGGCUGGACUCCAGGACACUCCGAGAAGAGGCUUUUGAGUCAGCCACUCCUGCCCUCCUGCCUCUGCCUGCUUAAAUACGGGCCCUGCUCCACCCAGGUGGGAGCUGGCUGCCUCGAACUGGCUGAACGGGCUCUCUGGGGCCUGGCUCCCUUGGCAGAAAACGAGCCCCACUCCCGCCCGAGUGCGGGGCAGAGUCGCCCUCCACGGACGCCCCAUCAGC